GAAAGAAAGUUAGACAACAAGCUUUCAGCGAGUCAACAAGUUUUCUAAAACAGUUUUUAAGAUUUCCUGCAAAGGUCACCAUGAAGGUCCUGAUUGUUCUCGCUUUGGCUCUGACCGCUGCGAAUGCCGGAUUUUCUGGCUUUCGGCAGCAGGCCCAGCCAGUUGUCCAGCAGGCCAUCAACAAGGUCCGUGCUGACUUGGCCGCCAAAGCUCCAGCUCGCAGCUCUGCCGAAGUGUCCUUUCAAACUGAAUUCGUGAACGCUCUGAACAACCACGCCAAUGAAAUCUUGAACCAGAUCGACAAUACCGUCGAUGCCGUCAACGCCCUGGCACAGGGCGUUGUCAGCCAGUUCCACGCAGCUGUGUCCCAGCUCCAAGCUCUGGGCCAGAGCGCCGUGGAAAGUGGCCAAGCCAUCAUUGGCAACCUCGUCAGCGGCUUGUUUGGCAGUCUUUUCGGUAAGGACCGCAGUGGACGUGCAAUUCCAGCAUUCUUGAAGCCCAUCAUUCAGCAGAUCGCCACCAACCCGCAGUUCGUCUCGAUGGUGCACAACAGCGACUCCUACAAGUGCCUCAAAGAGAACGGUCUGACUGUGACCUUUGAAUGGGUGCAACAGCUGAGCCAGAACAACCAGCUGAACGCUGACCUUCUGGACGAUCCCGUCAUCGCUCACUGCAUCGAACAGGGUGGCGGUCUCGAAAGCAUCGUCGCUGGAUCGCAGAUCAUUGACUUCGUUGAGGCCAUUGUGGAGCCACUGGGACUUAGCGCCCUGAUCGACCAGACUAUCAUCAGUGUCCUUGGUGAAGAAUUAGGAAGCGCGAUCAUUGCCGCUAUUAAUAGUCGUGGACUUUUCGGUGACAUCUGGAAUGGUGUUUCCAAUGCUGCCGUGAAUAUUUGGGACGGUGUCAGUGGAGCCGCUGUCAACGCCUGGAACAACCUGAGCCAGGGCGUCAUUAAUGUCGGCCAGUACAUUGCUACCUUGGCAACCGAGACCUUCAACUCCGCUGCGGAGAAAUUCGAAAUCAUCAAGCAGCUGGCAGUUGCCUUCCUCCAGGGUGCCAUCACCACGGCCCACUUUGCCACCCAACAGGCGGCCCAGGAAUUCAUCAACUACCUGUCGGAGUUCGCUUCCGAUCUGGGUCACCUUUACGACAAUGUGGUCAACCAGCUGACGGCCAUCUGGGACGGUCUGUACAUUCCUACCUGGACUUCCCGUCAGGCUGCCCGCAGUGCCCGUGCUAUUCCCGCUUAUCUUAAACCCAUCGUCCAGCAAGUCGCCACCAACCCGCAGUUCGUUGCGUUGGUCCAUGCCAGCUCUUCUUAUAAGUGCCUGAAAGAGAACGGUUUGACUGUCACCUUUGAAUGGGUGCAACACCUAAGCCAGAACAACCAGCUGAACGCUGACCUUUUGAACGAUCCCGUCAUCGCUCACUGCCUUGAUCAGGCUGGUGGUCUCGAGAAUGUCAUCGCUGGAUCGCAGAUCAUCGACUGGGUCCAAAACUUCCUUAAACCUUUUGGUUUGACCGGUGCCAUCCACAACAUCAUCUUAGAAGUCCUUGGUCAGGAACUCGGAAGCGUUGUCAUCAACGCCAUGAAUAGCCGACAUGCAGGACGCAGCGCCCGGGCCAUCCCUGCCUACCUCAAGCCCAUCGUCCAGCAAAUUGCUACCAACCCACAGUUUGUCGCUUUGGUGCAUGCCAGCUCUUCUUACAAGUGCCUGAAGGAGAAUGGUUUGACUGUCACCUUUGAAUGGGUGCAACACCUGAGCCAGAACAACCAGCUGAACGCUGACCUUUUGAACGACCCCGUAAUCGCUCACUGCCUUGAUCAGGCUGGUGGUCUCGAGAAUGUCAUCGCUGGAUCGCAGAUCAUCGACUGGGUCCAAAACUUCCUUAAACCUUUUGGUUUGACCAGUGCCAUCCACAACAUCAUCUUAGAAGUCCUCGGUCAGGAACUCGGAAGCGUUGUCAUUAAUGCCAUGAACAGCCGCCGCGUUUAAAUAAGCCUGAACUUGCGCCGGAAGCAAGGGAUAAAAUAUUUGUAGAAAGUUUACUGCUAAUCGACUAAACGAGAAUUUCGCGGUUGUUGUUCAGCAUCUCUGUAUUAUUUAGGAAAGCACAACGCAGUUCUUUUAAAACUCCAAGAUCUGACGAAA